AUGGAUCAAUCCCAGAUCAACGCACUCACCUAUGCCAAUUUGAACAAACUAAGUGUUGGGUUCUUAUCUAUUGUAGUGCCACUCUCCAGUAGUCUAGCAGGAUGCUUAACGUAUCAGUUUAUCAAUUACUUGAACACCAAAAUGUUCACUCAAACUCAAGCCCAACAUCAAAUGCCGAACCACGUCCAAAAACAAAUGUCACCAUCCCCAGCUUAUCAUCAAACCCACCAGUUUCAAGAGAAACCUAAAAAGAUUGCAUAUCUUGACCGGAAUAACAAUGAAAUCGAGGGGGAGGUCGUGGUUGGCCAGUUGGAAACUAAAAAGGCUGAAGAGCUUGACGUCAAACCUCGAAGUUUGCCCCUUCAUCCAUCGACUUUCCACAGCAAUUACCAACCCGAAUUCUUUGACAUAAGAGUUGAUAACCAACACGAUUAUUCUUGCAAUAGGCGAAAUUGGUUCAGCCGUUUGAAUAUCUUCCACCAACAAUUCGAAUUUUUAAAUGAUAAAUUCAAUGUACUCGUAUUUUUCAUUCUCAUGGCAAACCUAUUUAGUCUCGUGCGUCAUCACUUUGUAUUUAAAUCUUUGGCUCAUCAUACUUUAGUCGACGCAGGCUUAACUCGAGUUUACAGCUGGCAAUUAUCAAACUUGCUUGUCGUCAACUUCUUGAUAUCCACAGGCACUAGAGUAUACUUUGCUAGAUUGGCAUCAACCAUGCUAAGAGCACCGAAGUUGUUCUUAGUUUGUUCAUUAAUCCUACUCUUAAUCAGUCUAGGCGGCUUGAUUUUUCAGUCAGUUUUGGUCGGAGCCCAUUUGAUUGACUAUGAUCAGAUCCGGGUAAUCUUUACUCGUAGUGGAAGCGUGGACCAAACUCUUACAGAUUUUGUCAACGAUCUUGGUGAUUAUUUCAGAUUAAUUGGUCUCCAUAGAAUCCGACUAGAUAUUCUCCAAUUAGCUUGGUUAGGGCCACCUCUCGCAUGGGACCUAUUAAUCACAACAGUCUUAAUGUUCAACGCUUUGGAUUCUCGCAAGCGCUGUCGAUUUGGGUCAGCUGAUGGAAGAAUCUCUUUGGGAAUUACCAUCAUGUUUGAAACUAUGUUCCUCGUCACUUUGGCUACUUUCAUUGUGUUGUGUAUCUGCCUUGUUCUAGGCGGUAAAGUAGCUAUAGAUUUUGAAAGAAUGAACACACUUUAUGGUGGAUUUGAUGGUUUUGUGACCAAGUUACAUACCAUUUCAAUCUUUUGCAGCUUGCAGCACAAAGUGAAUGACAGGUUGAGGUUGGAGCAGAAGCUUAUCAUCAGUUCGCAAAGGACGCGCGACUCGGCUCUCAGUGGAUAUGGUCUUGGGCACAGUGUAGGAUCUGGAGACCCCACCUAUCACGGAAGGCAAUCCACCAGGAAAGGACCGCAAGCAGUUCAAUUCCCCGAUUUUGCUGAAACAGACCUCGAGGUUUCUGAAGAAGACGGAAGUGUUGUGGUUGAGGGUAGCGAGGAGAAUGAGUUUGAUGAACGCAAUGUGGAUGACGAAACGGAGGAAGAAAACACAUCAGUCCACGCCACCGAAAACUUGAGAGUAAACCGUCUGGCGCCAGCUAUCGAAUGUUGUAACUCGGCGCAUCUAUCACAAAAACAAAUCGUGCUAAAUAAAUUCAACGUUGAAGACUUCGAUGUCAAAUUUCCGGAACAAGCCAAGAUCAUGAACCAUCAUCAUGUUGCGAAGACCUCUGAAAUUGAAGGGUUAGCUAGUGGGCCAGUGGUGGAUUGCCCACCUGGGUUGCAAUCAAACUUAGGCUUGAAGAUAUUCGAAGACCCACAGGAAUUGAUAGAUGCCCAACACCAUCACAUUCGCCCGCACCAUGCACACUCCAAUCCCAAUCCCAAUUUUAAAUCGGCCGUUUCAUCUCCGAGGCCGGGUUUUGCACCGAAUCAAUCGAUUCCAUGA